AUGGUCAGAGUUCCGAGCGCCGGCGAUGGGCAAGAUGUAAAUCCAUCCAGUCCCAGGAUACGAGAGUCAACAACAGCCGAAGACGUAUUCGAGCCCGAAGUCACUGCGAUGGGCCUCACUGCCCGUCCGCUGAAUGAUGGUCAUAGAUCAGGAGAAGCAUUUUUUGGUGACUCUUCGGCAGUAGCAUUCAUCCAGCGGCUGCAGGAGACGCUAAGACCUGAAGGGCUCGCACCAGAGCCACCUCAGGUCUAUAAUACGGCCAAGACACCGUCUGACAAAAGGACCAAUGGGUAUACGAAAAUCUCGUUGGACAUGCUUCCCCCUCGAGCGCUGGCCGAUCAUCUUGUAGACUGCUACUUUUCGAAGAUUCAUAUUUUGUAUCCCUUUGUUCACAAAGUGGCUUUUCUCUCAUUGUACCAGCGUAUCUGGAUGCCUGGAGACAACACGAGCACUCCGAUGAACACUGGACUAGGGCUGGGAGACUCUGCAGUCAGUGGGACGACAUUUUAUUACGGAUUGAAUAUCAUCUUCGCCCAUGGAUGCCAGUUUUCAGAGAUAAUGGGUGCUGAUCGGCAAACAACGUCUGAAGCUUUCUUCCGUCGUUCCAAACCGGCGCUUGACGUGGACUACCUCGAGCGUGGUGAUCUGGCCCUGGUUCAGGUCCUCCUCCUUAACUCCCAUUACCUCCAGGGCUCGCAGACUCCCAAUCGGUGCUGGCAUGCCAUCGGAACCGCAUAUCGACUGGCUCAGGGGCUUGGUUUGCAUACAAACACUGGCGAUGAUUAUCGGUCAUUCGCCUCAAACCAGAUGAGAAGGCGAAUUUGGCAUGGAUGCCGGAUGUUAGACCUAGCGGCUAGUUCUAUGCUCGGUCGUCCGGCAAUGACAUCUCAGCACUCACUUGUUCCACUGCCCGCGGCAGUGGACGAUUGCUAUUUGGUUGGGGAUGUCGCGUCCUGUGAACAGCCUCCGGGUAUAUUUUCCCGUGUUGAGUGGUUUAUCGCUACCUUGAAGCUCCAUGAACUUCUGCAAAAGAUGCACAAUACAGUCUACGAGGAUCAGACGGAUCCAUCUACGCUAGACCCGGCUGCUCGGAAGAAAAUGCGCAUUAUACGACAGCUCCAAUCCAUCACACAAAUUGACCUGGAACUAGAUGAUUUUCGAGCCAAUAUCCCAAAGCCGCUGAGCUGGGAGGUAGUGGAAGGGGAUAAGCCAGAUCCGUUGUUGAGAGAAAGAUGUUUACUUAAAGCUAGCGUUUGGUUCUACAACGUUUUUUACACUUUUACCGCAGGGAUAGUACUCAUCCUUGCCGAAACCAAUAGCGCGGCCGUAGAGGCCGUCACACGAAAUGGCUUGGAUGCCGCCUGGGAACAAUGUCAACGGACUCUGAACUAUCUGAAGGCUUAUAGCAUUGUGGCCGAGCGAUGCUCGCACAGCUUGAGCGACACUAGAUCCAAGUGCUUGAAAAUGCUUGAGCCAUACCGCUGGAACGAAAAUGCAGCUCAGACUAGCGGGAACUACGCACCGGAGCUCAAUAUGGAUGAGACGGCGAAUGGGACUUUUCCUGACAGUCUCUUUGCUGAUCUUAACCUCGACAACGUCGCUCUUGACUGGUCCUGGUUCGACAUCAGCUAUUAA